AUGCAGCCCCAGUACCGUGCUUAUGCGCAGCAAGUGCCCCAGAGGUCCCCGCAUGCGCCCAACCAGCGCCGCGGAGGCAUAGGGCCUCACCCUUCGGCCCCGCUCUCUCAAGCACAGAUGGUGCAGCAGCAGCAAGCUCAAGCGCACGCAAACGAGCUGGCCAGGCGCCGCAGCCGGAAACCGACCGAUAAGAACAUACCCGAUGGCGUCGAGGAGUGCAUUGUCGACCCUGACGGCGUCCAACGAUACAAGGACUUGAGAGACGUAGAGAGAUGGCUGGAUGCGACGACCACUCGAAAGCGUCUGGGCGUCUCCGAGAGUGUCAAUCGUAGCCGUACCAAUCUCUCCCGGAUACUUCGUAUACAGAUCAGCAACACUGUCGAGGACCAGGUGUGGCAAGGCAGCGGCCUCAAUGUGGACGCUUUCGACUUCACUACAAACAUGGAAGCCUCGUAUCGCGUCAAGAUUGAAGGACGUCUUCUCGACGAGCAAGACGACGACAGCUCGGCAGAUCACCGUGCCGAAGAAGGCUCAGUCGCCAUCUCUGGCGUCUCAGACAAGAUGGAGCAAGACGAGCAGCCAGCAACAAGCCAGAAGGCAUCUCCGGCAAAUGAUGCCAGACAUCGGCUUUCUCACUUCUUCAAGGCCCUGUCUGUCGACUUUGACCGUUCUCGUUUUCGAAAUGGCGCGGAGCAAAGUAUAGAAUGGAAGAAGCCCGAGUCUUUGCCGAAGCCUCAAGCUGCAGGAAGCCUGCCACCUGCGGCUGAUUUCGACGAGCUCACUUUCAAGCGUAACGGCGACGAAAAUACAAACAUUACCAUCAACCUUUACCGGCACGAAUCGCCCGAGCGCUACCAGCUUAGUCCUGAGCUAGCAGAGGUGGUGGACAUGUCUGAGGCGACGCAACAGGAGGCUGUGAUGGGACUUUGGGAGUAUAUCCGAUACUGGGGGCUUCAGGAGGACGAGGAGAAGCGAAAUUUCCGAUGCGAUGAGCUUUUGAAAAGGGUUGUUGGCAGAGGAGACGUGGGAUAUAUUCCCAUGCUCAACGAGUACGUGGCGCAGCAUCUCCAACCACUGCCGCCCGUCAGCCUGCCCUACACCAUUCGGGUGGAUGAGGAAUUCCAUAGGAACCCGCAGCCGACCGUGUACGACGUACAUGUCUCCGUCGACGACCCGUUGCGGGCUGAGUUGCAGCCCUUGAUCAACAACAUACAGUAUGCGACCAUGCUGAAGGAGGUCACCGCCCUCGACGAGCAGUUGGCCCGACUCAUCCAGGCAAUUGCAGUAUCCAAGACCAAGCAUUCAUUCUUCACAUCCUUGAGCCAAGACCCAGCCACGUUUGUCAGCAACUGGCUGAGCUCUCAAAAACGCGACCUCGAGAUCAUCAUGGGCGAGGCGUCGAGAGGUGGCGGCGAGGCUGCUCAUGGGGACGAGUGGCGCAAGGGCGGUUCUGGCAGCGUUUGGGCGACCCAGAAUGCGCGCGAAAGCGUCAAUGUUUUACUUUCGAAGCAACGUUGA